CUCUCUUCCCCAAAAAGCCCCUUUUCUUCUCUCUAUUAUUUGCACACAUCACUCCCCAUUUCUGCACAAACCUUUCACAGAAAAUUAUGAAACCCCUCGAAAAUCACACCUCCUCUACCGCCACAGCUACCACUUCCUCCGCCGUGCCGGAACCCGAAAUUGAAACCGAAACUGGUUCUGCGGUAGAGUCUGGCAUGUUCUCUGACGAUAUUGAUAGUUCAUGUUCCACUCCGUACGUUAGUGCUCCUUCAAGUCCAGGCCGUGGCCAACCACAUAGUGGCUUCUAUUACAGUGCUCCGGCGAGUCCUAUGCACUUUGUUUUGUCAACUACAAGUGUGAAGAAGAAUGUUGCUAGCACAUCAAUUUCUUCUCCUUCUGAAGAUUUCGACUUCUCUGCUAGGCUUACUACCGACGGCGCCGCCGCGGAUGGAUCCAUGAGCUCUGCCGACGAGUUAUUCCUGAACGGCCAGAUCCGGCCGAUGAAACUUUCUACUCACCUUAAACGCCCACAAAUCCUCGCACCAUUGCUUGAUCUCGACGAAAAUGAGGACGAAGAGGAGAAAGGCUGUAGGGGAAGAGAUAUGAAGCUGCGUAAUAGAUCGUUGAGAAGAAGGACUAGAUCCAUGUCACCACUUCGAACGACGUCGUUCGAGUGGCACGAGGAUUAUGAAGAGGAGGAGGAAUUAGAAGUUGUCAAGGAGAAGAUAAACGAGAAGAAUGAAAUAGAAGAGAUAAUAAAACAAUUAGAUGAGGAAGAAACUUCGAAUGAAACGACGCCGUGUCCUUCUGGGUCUUCUUCGAGGUCGUCUUCAGUUGGGAGGAGCUCAAAAAGAUGGGUAUUCUUAAAGGAGUUUUUAUAUAGAAGUAAAAGUGAAGGAAGAAACAACGGUCACAAGUUUUGGAGUGGGAUCUCGUUUUCACCUGUGAAAGACAAGAAACUGGAGAAAAUUUCAGCCCACAAAACUCCAGAAAACUCUGCAACUGACUAUGCAAACACCGCUGAAACUAAGAAAGUGAAACAAACAAAAGAAGGGAAGAAGAAGCCUGUGAAUGGAAAUGUAGCAAAUGGGAUAGGGAAGAGAAGAGUGCCGCCGUCGCCUCAUGAGUUGCACUACACUACAAAUAGAGCACAAGCAGAGGAAAUGAGGAAGAAGACAUUUUUGCCGUACAGGCAAGGAUUGCUUGGAUGUUUAGGGUUCAGUUCAAAGAGUUAUGGAGCGAUGAAUGGUUUUGCUAAAGCUUUGAAUCCUGUUUCUUCGAGGUAAUAAAAUUUGUAUAUCUAAUCAUAAUUAUUAUUAUUAUUACUAUAUCUACUAUCAUCCAUCAGAGUGGACUGUGGAGAGAUAUUUUUAAGUGAUUGUAUAGAUUUUUCUUUUCAUUUUAUGGUAAUGUUUUUUAUGUUAUUCUGUUAUCUAUUUUGUAUGUAGUAAUUGAUGGCAAAUCCACUACUGCUUAUUGUGAUGGGAUUUUGUUUAGCCAUUCAUGGAAACUUUAUGUUAGAUCCUCUAAUUUUGCUUGUGAAAAAGAGUUUCAUGAGAUCA